GGCAAUUAAACCUUGUUCAAAGAUUGAAUAUUACCAUUGAUAUGGCAAUAGCAUUAGAUUAUCUCCACCACCAUUGUCAUAUGCAGAUUGUUCACUGUGAUCUAAAGCCAAGCAAUAUUCUUCUCGACAGUGAUUUGACUGCACAUUUGGGUGAUUUCGGGAUAUCAAGAAUUAUUUCAAAAUCCACAAGUAGAUCUCAAAAUCACACGAGCUCAAUCGGAAUAAAGGGAUCUAUUGGAUACAUUGCACCAGAGUAUGGUGCAGGUGCAGAUGUUUCAACACAUGGUGAUGUCUAUAGUUAUGGAGUUCUCUUGUUGGAGAUGUUCACAGGGAAGCGUCCUACUCAUGAAAUGUUCAAAGAUAACUUUAAUCUUCACUGCUGGGCUGAGAUGGCUUUGCAUGAUGGAGUGAUGGAUGUCGUCGACCCAACACUUCUCCCCAUAGAAGAAGAUGAAGAAGAGGGAGAAAUAACUGUAACCAACAUCACUGGAAGUCGAAGAUGCAUGAAGGAUAGACUGCAAGAGUGCCUUACUUCGAUUAUUAGAAUUGGAGUUGCCUGCUCGGCUGAAUCACCAUUGAAUCGAAUGAACAUAAAUGAUGUGGUCAAAGAUCUACAUCUAAUCAGGAGCAUUUAUCUUAGAGUUGACACUCACCAAGGAAGAUGAACCUUAAUAAGCUAUGAACAUUGGUCAUUAUUAUUGUUCAAGGGAGCUAUUGAUGAGAGGAUAUGUUUUUCACUGUUUUACUUUUAAGUACUUUGUGAUUUAAGGUUUGGGCAAAUGUAAUAGUUAAUUUGGUUGAAGUUUUAAUUGCCA